GAGCCACCCCACCAAAGAGCAAGCAGACAGCAAGGCACAGAGAGUGAGAGAGAGAAAGACACCCAUUUACAGCUUUACUGCCUUGUUCAGUCCGUCAGACUUGCUCUCACUGCCACCUCUAUCAUAUCCUCUCCCUCUCUUUCUCUCUGUAGUCUCUUUGAAUCUUUCUCUCUCUCUCACACACACACACACACUCAUUCAAAUACACUCAUUCAACUCAGCUCAUUCACAGGCACGGGUCAGGCAGCCUCACAUUUCACCUUGCUCUGCCUCUGGCUGAGAGGAGAGCCCUGCAAGGUGCAGCCAUCACACAGGACACAAGCUCCCGCAACUCAGUCAGGUUGGACUGAGGGACCUGAAUGCUUUAGGACAAUCUGACAAGACCGAGACGUUUCUUCAGGAUGGAAUUGCAGAGUUUUCAUUCAUCACUCUGAAGAGCAAAACCAGAAGACAGCUAGUUACAAGACCAUUUUCUUUUUUCAAAGAACUUUUACCAUCUCUUCUCAUGUUCCUGCUAAAGGGGUCUGCGUGAGGCAGAGCACCCAGCGAAGACCAGCAUCAUGCCGACUACUUGUGCAAGGUGCACCUUGGGAGUCUGACCCAUCAUGUGCAAAUGGACACCUACUACCGCUGGUCUCCACUUCGACCUCACCUUUGCUGGCUCAGCCCUCCCUUCUUAUCCAUUUUCCCUGGUAUGCCUGUCCUUGCUCUUUCUGGCUUGCACUGCUCUCGGAGGUUGCCCACCUGGACUGGGGCAUGACCCUCUUCAUGUGCUGGCACAGGGCACAAACUGCUCUUGGACUCUGGAGCGGCACACACGCAGCUACAACCAUCUAGAGGGUGAUGUUCGCCUACGACGCCUCUAUUCCGCCAACAAGUUCUUUCUCUGCAUCGACAAGACGGGCAAGGUGGAUGGCACCCGUCGGAAGAAUUACGCUGACAGUCUGAUGGAAAUCCGAUCUGUCAGUGUGGGAGUUGUCGCCAUCAAAUCUGUCAGCACCGGCCUGUACUUAGCUAUGUCCAAAAAGGGAACACUCUUCGGAUCGGUCAGAUACAACCCCAGCUGCAAGUUCAAAGAGCGCAUCGAAGAGAACGGCUAUAACACCUACGCCUCCCUGCGCUGGAAGCACCGGGGGAGGCAGAUGUUCGUGUCGCUGAACGGCCGAGGGAAACCCCGCAGAGGACACAAAGCUAGACGGAGACACCCAUCUACUCAUUUCCUCCCUAUGCUGCCCACAUAGCUGGACUCUUCCUCAUGAGCAAUGCUGUGCCAUCUGCAUUUGAUGGGGACUUAUUAAAUGUUAUUAAAUU